AAGAUCGUUCAAAACCUUGCCAUUAUUCUUCUGACAAGAAUAUCCGGAGAUUCCCGACGUACGGAAGCUGUGCAUUCGAAUCUUGAUAUUAAGAACGAAAGAUGAGAAAUUCGAACAUGUAAUUCAAGUCGAAGGAAACAAAUCCACAGUGAUUUAAAAAUAGAAUAAGAUGCGGGAAGAAUAUUACAAAGAGCUUCGGUUGGAGAAAAAAGAAUAUCAUAACGAAUGUUCGCAAAUCAAUCUAUUUUCCAAACUACAUGUUUGAAUUGAUUCCGGCAGAUAAAUGUUUGUUGGAAAUUGUUUCCGUCCGAAAAAUGACUAGUAUUAGCUUGAAUAUUUAAUUGAAAAAUGCUUGAUUUGUUGCUGUGACACCCAAAAUCAUGUUUUGAAAAAGAAGAAAGAGUCAAAUUUUCCAUUUUGAGAGAAAAAAGAAAGAGAAAAUCGUGAAAUAUUUUAAAAGAGCUGAGUUAAAUUCUGUGAUCAUAGAACAUGUCUGGAGAAUGCUUAACCAUCUCUUUAAGUGGGGGUGUCCCUUGGGGCUUUCGUCUUCAGGGUGGUGCUGGUACAAAUCAACCUCUCACUGUUUCCAAAGUAAGACGACGGAGCAAAUCAUAUCGUCGUCUGCGGGAAGGGGACGAAAUCCUCACUGUCAACGGACACUCGUGCAGCGGUCUCACAUACGACCAAGUCAUGGAAAUCGCCGACCGGAGUGAUCAGCAGCUCACACUGGCCGUGCGCAGAUCUGAAUGCAAUAAAGAAAAUCAAGCGCCUGAAAUUCCUUCCAAUCGAGCAGAGCAGAAACAAAAGACCGAGGAUUUAACGCUAUCGUCCGAAACGACUACCAAAGUAUCAUCUGAAACGACAGAGCACAAAACUACAGUUGGUGACAUGCCAGACAUAACUCUGGAUACCAUUGAUUUAAAUAACCUCAUCAGCGCCACACAGCGGAAGUUGGAAGAUUUUCGACCGGGAGGAGCAAGUCCUGACAUGUUUAUGGAGGGAAGAAAUUCUCCUGGAUAUUCGAAGUCGACGAUCACUACCACCGAAAGCCAGAUUCGAACAGAGAUCUCCAAAAAUAUGACGACCACUCUUAGGUCUGGAUCCGAAGUUUGCCAGGAAAAAAAAUCCGAAAAAAAACAGAGUGUCCAAGAAGUUCCUAUUUCAAUUCCUUCUGUACCAAAAGCUCCUCCCGAACCAAAAACUUCCCCUGAAAAGAAAACCUUACCUGAAAAGAAAGCUGCUCCCUUAACCCUCGAAGAAGCAUACAAGGAGUGUUUCAAGGAGAUGCAGAGAUUGGAUUCCCAAUCAUUUUCUACAAGUCUUCCAGAUGUCCUGCCAGAGAUAUCUACUCAAUCCUCUGAAAGCUCAUAUGAAACGACAGAGACGCCAUUCGGCACGACCACAACCUUAACGAAAAAAAAAAAAAUGUUUUCGUCUUCAAGCUUCUACGAAGAACCACAGUCUAUCUAUCCCACAGUAGAAGAGCAGGUUGAAAUGGCGAAGAAGAUUGCGUCGUCUCUGGCAGACGACGUCAACAGCAAAUCUAAAGGGUCCAAUAUGUUCCAUAAAAGAGUCAAGCGCUCGACGAAAUGGAUACAUGAAGGACCUGAACCUAGCGAUGAGUCAGAGCCAAGUACACCAGAAAUUCAUGGAGUCGAACCGCCCACACCUGAUCCUUCUCAAGUGCCAUUCAAGCCAUCGAAAGCUCCAUCCAAGCUAAAACUCGUUUUGGAUCCACGCCAUCCAUUAGACGCAAUUUCAUUAAAAUCAUCUGGUAUGUCCAUAAGCGAACACAAUGUUAUAAGCCCUGAAGUUUGUCAUGGACUCGUGAAAGAUCUCCAUUCCCCAGUUGGGAAAGGUGCUGCUCUCUUUGCAAAGCGAAAGAAGAAGUCCGAAGAAUGGGUUGUUGACGAGGAAAAAGUCAGAAAUUUACUCCGGGAACAAGAAAGAAGAGCUCUUCUCAGUAGUCCUGCUCCACCUUUUGGUCUUUCCCAACACCCCCUUGCCAGACAGGAUUCAAAACUUAUCAAGAAAAGUCCAUGGGAGGCAGCUAUGGAGAAUCCUUUUGGCUUAUGUGAUGCUGCAUGGGUAAGUCCAGACCAACUUGCGGAUACUGUCAUAAGAGCUGCUGACCAAAAGAGAGCCAGUGUCGAAAGGAGCCUUACUUCUCCCCCACCCCAAUCUAUCACACCAGUGGCAGCAAUGCAUGAUAUCUAUCAUGCCAAGGCGCCAAAAGGUUGGCAAGGAAACGUUCCAGCUUCUACUUCACCAGCCUAUUUUCCUCCACCUAGUCCUGUAAUAUGUCCUGAGCCUUCAAGUUUUACAAGUGGAUAUCAGCCACAAACUCGGACAAAACCAGUCUAUCAGAACUUCAAUGCUGUGCCUCGAUUGUGGAAAGGAACCACUGCACAUUAAUUCCUACAAAAAAAAAAAAAAAAAAAAAAGACCAAAAAAAAAAAAAGACAAAAAAAAAAAAAAAAAAAGAAGGAGGAGGCAGUUGGAUUGAUAAAUACUGACAAUUUUCAUUGAUCAAGAUAGCAUUAAUCAUCGUGGAAAUGCAGUUUGAUUUCGUGUGUAUUCCAUGCCAGGGGUACAGUGAAACCUGUGUAAGUUGACCACUUGCGGUGCACAACUUUAGUGCUCAACUUAAACAGGUGGCCAACUUACAAAGGUUGAUUUAUAUGAUAAGGCCUAAUUCCGUGCCAGAAAAAAGCGGUAAACUUAGACAGGUGGUCAACUUACAAGGAUGGACAACUUCACAGGUUUUACUGUAUUAAUUUGUAUCGAAAGAAAGAUUUCCUUUUUUUCAUUGUUCAGAUGAUUCAGUUUUAUAUCAAGUUUCAAGCAAGAACAAAUAAAAUGUUCACAAAAUUGAUAAAUUUGUUGUUGUCAACGUAAUAAGAUUUUUAAAUUUGUGUAAUUCUGAAUAUAUUCGAACAGAGUAACCAGUUGCACCCGGGCGGUUGAUUUGAUGACGUCACGAUGAGUGUCCAUAGGAUGUAUUCAGUAAAUUACCGUCCAUUAGCCAGGGCUAAGGAAGAAUUACAUCUACCAGUUUGUUUGGCACUCUUGGCUUCCUUAAGAGGUUUCCCAUCUCCAGCUCAGUCACUUUAAUAUGCCGGGCUGUUGAGUGCUAAUAAGCACGAAACUGCAGUCUUCGGCUGGAAUGACUGAGCUGGCGAUGUAAUUCUGCAUUAGCCCUGGCUAAUGGGCGGUAAAUUACUGAAUAUAUCUGCUUUGCCUUCAAUCUACGAGUUGAAACAAACCAUUGCUUCGGCCACUCGUCUGGUCUGCUGAUUCUAUAUUAGCUACCAGUUUGUUUGGCACUCUUGGUUUCCUUAAGAGGUUUCCCUGUCCAGUUCAGUCUUUUUCCUAUGCCGGGCUGAUGAGUGCUAAUAAGCACAAAACUGCAGUCCUCUUCUGGAAUGACUGAGCUGGCGGUGUUUUCCAUAGGAUGUUUUCAUUGGUUUUUAUCUACCUGUAGCUCUAUUAGAACGCGCCUGGUAAGUCACCGGUUACUCAGUUUAAACAUUCUCAAUAUUUGGUUGUUUGUAGCAAGCAAUUAUUAGUUGAAUAUUGGACUAUGUUAACAGCUAAUUAUGCAAAGUAGUCAAUUUGAAAUAUUGUGAUUGCAAACUACAUCAACUUAUAACACUGGCCGUAACAGAUCGUUUUUUAAAUGAAAACUUGAUUGGGCUACAGCAUUGCUUUGAAGAUGUAAUAAUCAUUUGUGGUAUAUUUUUCUGAAAUACUAUAGGUAAGACUCAGAAGCAACUUAAUGAAGGAAUUAAGUAUUUAACUCAUUAUUCCAUUGUUGCCAGACUGAUUUUUUUUUCAAUUUUAAAAUAAAAAUAUUAAUUAGCUACUUUAAAAUUUAAAUUACAAGCUUCAAAAAAAAGUGAAAUGAGUUAUUAAAGAAAAAUUUUAUGCAACAAAUAGUUUCUGUGAGAACUGUUGUAGUUAAGCAAAUAAUUUGCAUGUGGAUUAUUUUCAGCAGUUCCAUAUAUUUGUCCCAUAUAAAAUCAUACUAGCGUUAUAUAUGCAUGCAAAAUUUCAGAUAUUAAAGAUAUUUUGGACGUUAAUCAUAAAACAGUUUAAAAAAUCAAUUUUUAAAUUACUCAAUUAUUGUUGUGCUUUACAUAAUAAUAAAAAAAAUACAAAAUUAAUAAAAGUUCUUUAGAAAAUUUCAAUAUUUUUAAAAAUAUCUUUUUUUAAUUUUCUUUGGAAAAUGUCUAAAGAAAAUUUCUCUUUUCUGAAUGAAAACUACAGCAUGUUAUUUUUCGUUGUUAAAUUUAUACUUUUCUGAAAAUACUUCAAUGAAACUAUAAAGACAGUUCAGGUAGAAAUGGAUAAUCUAUAGAUCGACAAUUUUGAAACUAGUGAAAUGAAGAAAUAAUUGUAUUGGUUGUACAACAAUAGAGCUGUUAAAGAAAUAUUAUUGCACUUAUAUAAUGCAAUUUGAAAAAGUUAUAUUGGUUUUUAUUUCAAACCAAAUAUUUUAUUGUAUUCGAGUUUGACAAAUAAAAGAUUUUUGAGUUUUCAA